AUGAAGUUUACUACUGUCUUUGGAUUCUUCUCCAUCGCAGCUGCGGCUGCUAUUCCCGAGGAUGGCAGUGGCGCCGCCAGUCCAGCACUGUCCGGGCCAGCACCGUCCGGGCCAGCACUGUCCGAGACAACACCGUCCGGGCCAGCACCGUCCGGGCCAGCACUGUCCGGGCCAGCACCGUCCGGGCCAGCACUGUCCGGGCCAGCACCGUCCCAGCAAGCCCCACCGGCUGAGAAGUUGCUGCCCUGGGUAGAGGCGACCAACAGUAGUUCCCUCUGCGAGAUAUACAGGGGCAACGAGGCGACAUGUGGAACCAAGGCAUUCUGUAAGGCCUACGACUCGGCCUACACUCAACCGGAUUCCAAUUACAAUUCUUCCAAGGAGUGCUUUGAGGCGCACAGGCUGCCCUGGGUAGAGGCAACCAACAGUAGUCCCCUCUGCGGGACACGCGCACAGGCUGCCCUGGGUAGAGGCAACCAACAGUAG